AUGCCGUCUCCCUCUCACCGGUCGCGUUCCCCAUUUACAUCGAAGCAAGACAGUGACGACCGUCACAGCCAUCGGAGCCAUCGGAGCCGCCAUCAUGAUGAUCAUUCGAGUUCUCGCCGGCACCGACACCGCGACCACUCGCGCUCACGUUCACCCUACCGAUCCGAUAGACACAAAUCAGACCGCCAUCACCGUCAUGACAGAGACCGGGACUACCAUCAUCGUGGGAGCAAAGAACCUUCAUCAGCGCCUGUCAUUCUCCCACUGAAUGCCCGGGAACUCUCAAGGCGGGACUUGGAGGUGUACAAGCCAAUGUUCGCCAUGUACCUCGACAUUCAAAAAGGGCUUUUCCUCGACGAAUUGCCAGAAGAGGAGAUCAAAGGGCGGUGGAAGAGCUUUAUCCGAAAAUGGAACCGCGGUGAACUGGCUGAAGGAUGGUACGACCCAGCUACAUUGGAGAGAGCUCGCCAAGCAGCAUCCGAGCAACCCCGGGCCUCCACCAUGCGCCCAGAUUCACCAGAUUAUACCCUCGGUGGUAGGCCACAAGAAACGGAUAGAUCGGCGCAACCUAGGAGCGAGGACGAAGAUGAGGACGAUGAGUACGGACCGAAACUCCCAAACUCAGGGUACACUCGACAAGUGGCUCAUUCAGGACCGACGAUGCCCAAUACGCAAGAUAUCGAACUGAAAAGAGAAACUGCAAUGGAAGAUGCCAUUGCCGCACGCCACGAGUCUCGCCAAAAAUAUCGCAACGAGCUGCGCUCCCACAAAGCCGAACACAAGUACAUCGAAAAUGAAAUCGCACCUCGCGCAGAACCUGGAACUCGCGAGCGGCAGCUCGAGAAGCGCCGAGAGGCGGCAGCUGCGAAUAAGUCAUUUGCCGAGGCCCAGCGCGGCGGCUCUCCGGAAGCCGCGCCCGAUGAACAAUUGAUGGGUUCGGGCGAGAAUGAUCUUGCUGCACUGAAGCGCGAAAAAGAAAGGGAGCAGCGCAAGAAGAAUGAGCGCGAGCUUCGGAGAGAGGAAAUUCUUCGAGCGCGGGCGGCUGAGCGCGAGGAACGCGUUCAACAGUAUCGCCAGAAGGAGGAAGAGACGAUUGGUUGGCUGCAGGCGUUGGCCAAACAACGAUUUGGCUGA